AUGGCGCUCUUUUCAAAACGUCUGACCUGCUUCUAUUGCGGCCGGCGCUCUAACCAGCCCGUCCAGUCGCUCAAUAGCACUGUCCGAAAGUUCCACUGCGAGAAUUGUGAGGCGGAUAACUACCUCGACCAGAACGGAGACAUCACAGACCCCCCAACCGCAGCAACAAACCCCCAGGCAUACGGUUCCGACGCGCAAAGCCCUCGCUUCGAAUCGAUUGGCUUUGAAGAGUCCGACCUGUUUUGUUCCCGAUGCAUUCGCAACCAACAUUUGUUUACCCACUCCUUGGCAGCAUACCAAGCACCCUCUGAUGACCCAUCUUUCGACCAUGAAAAUCACUAUGCCCAGUACCGCAGGAGUAUGGAAGACCGAUAUCCGACUGUAUGCGACAAUUGCGAGCCGCGCGUGCGACAGCGAAUCAAGCAGGCCGGCUAUGAGGCGAAGGCAGAUCACCUCAGGCGCAUGAUGGACCAAACCCGAGCCAGCAAAACUGCACGACAGGCGAGGAACCGUAGCUGGCAGAGUUUGCUGGUCUACGCCGGCGCUAUAGGCUACUGGGGGAGUGUCUGCGGCCAACUUGCAUGGGAUGUGUUAGGCGCUCUGACGGCCCCUUCGUCACCCACCGCAGAGACCGAUGUGUCAAUGGACCCAUCCGUCCAUUUAAUGACUUGCGUGGGUCAGACUUUGGAUGGUGGACGGAUCCCAGUCGAAUGCGCCUACGAUCUGGCGCCAGCUGCCGGUCUUGCGCUUGUUGCAGGCAGUCUUUCGCUAUGGUGGAACCCACGCUUGCGCAUGAAGAUCGAAGGGCGUUCUGGUCGUUUUAAGGGCCUCGCCGAGUACUAUCAAGUCCAACUUAUUGUCAUGGUCGUCCGAUGCGUGUUUUGGUCUUUACUGAAGGACCCGUUUGCCAGUGGCAUCGAAGCAACCUUGCCUGCUGCUUUACAUAUGUUCAUGAUUCUCUUCACCUUAUUGUCUGUUGUCAUUUCUCGGCGCGUUAUCCAUUAUGACACUCGGCCUCUGGUAAAUUGGUCGGACAACUCUUGGGAGAGUGCGCCUCUACGGAGCACCGAAACAUCUCCUGUACCUGAAUCUCGUCCUAGACCAAUUCAUUCGACACCGAAUGCGACCACCAGCCAAAUUCGCCAGCGAUUUCCGUUUGACAAACUCGGUUCCGCCCGGCCAAUCGUCGAGAGUCCGCAAGUCAUGUCCCCCACACCACCUCCCGAAUCCGAAGACAUGGACUGGACUCCAUCUGCCCCUCAAAACAUCCAGCCGACAGUGAGUGUCUACCAGCGAAAUCGACCGUCGGCUUUCGAUGGACCCUCUCCGUUCCAUGGCAAUCUCCCAGCCGCUCCUCAACCCCCAGCGUGGACUCUCCGCAACAAGACACCCGUUAAACCGAUCGAACAAGUCAUCGAGCCUAACCCUUUUCACCGAAAUCUGUCGCCUACCCAAAACCAAUGGCAAAAGAAACCAACAAGCCCAGAACCUGUUUUCCAACCCCCAAAGUUCUUCCCCGCAAGCGACCACGAUGCUGCCACUGGCCUCGAGACCCUUUUCAAUCGCGCCUUUGAUCUUGGAGCCGAAGAGGCCCCGAGAGGUCAAUGGAAUCAACCAAAGCCUCGUCCCAUCUCAUAUGCUGUCAACACACCCCGUCAACUGGUCCUGCAGUAUCUUCGGCUGUUUUUGUUGCUGGGCUCCAUGACCGUAUGGACCUAUUCCCAAAACCACCAAACCUCCAUACCUGGAAACUACAUUGAGACAUGCGCUCUGGGCAGUGCGAGUCUGAUCUCAGGCUUCGCUCUUCUGGAAGCAGUCAAGAGACCGUUGGCCCAAUGGAAUGGGAUGGAGAUCUUGGUCUACAUCACGGAACUUGGCGCUGCGGUUCACCUGGGUGCGCAUUUACCCCAGGAGGCCUUUGAGCGAGAGUAUUUCGACCGAUACGGGAAAAUACUUCUUGGUUUCAUGGCAGUACAGGAAAUACUGAACUUGCUUGCAUUCUAUCGAUCGGCAUCGGCCACUCCGCGACACGAAGACCGGCAAAAUGCUCCUACUUCUCCGCGUCAAGAACUUUCACCCCAAGGGGCCAUCGGUUGGUCUCCUGCCGGAUCCCCAGUCAACAGUCCUACCAUGUCCCAGUCAUUCUCCCCGCAACUGCAGCAACAGUCCUUUGCUUCACGAGCACAACAGUUUUCUCCGCAACCACAACAAUUUUCUCCGCAACAAUCGGCCCCCCCCUCUGUCUUUCUCAUCCGCAGCUGGCGCUUUACCAUGGAUUCGCUCAAGGCGAAUGAGCCGGUUUCCGACUACGAGCAAGACUCCGAUUCCGAAACCGUUGCUACGGAAUUUACCGCCCGCACAGAUGCCACGAACCGCAAUAUCCGGUACGGGCGCAAUCCGAUCCAUGAACACAACCCCCCAUUCUCGCCAAGGCGCAGUGAGCUUGGGCCUGGACUUGGGGGUUUGAGUUUGGAAGAUCGCCCAACCCCUCGUCGCAUAACACGCAGUCAGACCCAGCAACCGAUGACACCAGGACGACGUUUCCCUAGCCGUGUUGUCUUCUGA